GUAUUUCUGAGGGACCAUAUGGCACAGUACCACACAUUAUAGGUCCCCUUUCUAUGAAUUAACAUGGACAAAGUGGUUAUCAGUCUCCUGCUUCUGGGAACCACAGUUACGAUGGUCCAUGCAUGUCCCAAAUACUGUGUCUGCCAGAACCUAUCUGAGUCUCUGGGGACUCUGUGCCCUUCCAAAGGCCUGCUCUUUGUCCCACCGGACAUCGACCGGCGAACUGUGGAGCUCCGGCUGGGCGGCAACUUCAUCCUCAAGAUCACCACUCAGGAUUUUGCUAACAUGACAGGUCUGGUGGAUCUAACCUUGUCCCGCAACACCAUCAGCACCAUCCAGCCUUUCUCUUUCAUUGACCUGGAAACCCUGAGAUCCCUGCACCUGGACAGUAACCGGUUGACUGAGCUGGGGCCGGACGACCUCCGAGGGCUCGUCAAUCUGCAGCACUUAAUCCUCAACAACAAUCAAUUGAGUCGGAUCUCCAAAGCAGCCUUUGAUGACUUGUUAGUGACACUGGAGGAUCUGGAUUUGUCAUAUAAUAACUUGCGCAGCGUGCCUUGGGAAGCCAUCCGCAAGAUGGUCAACCUCCAUCAAAUGAGUCUGGAUCAUAAUCUCAUCUCUUUCAUUUCUGAAGGGACUUUUACAGAUCUGGACAAACUGGCUCGUUUGGACCUCACUUCCAACCGUCUACAGAAGCUGCCUCCUGACCCCAUCUUUGCACGCUCCCAGAGCAGUGUUGUGAUGAGCACUCCAUACACACCUCCGCUUUCUCUAAGCUUUGGUGGAAACCCAUUGCACUGCAACUGUGAGGUGCUUUGGCUUCGAAGGCUCGAACGUGAGGAUGACAUGGAAACCUGUGCUUCUCCUGCCAGUCUAAAGGGGCGCUACUUUUGGUCUGUUCGAGAGGAGGAGUUUGUUUGUGAGCCGCCUUUGAUCACACAACAUACGCACAAGCUGCUUGUUCUGGAGGGCCAAACAGCUAGCUUGCGCUGCAAAGCUGUUGGCGACCCAAUGCCAACUGUGCAUUGGGUUACUCCUGAUGACCGUUUAAUUAGCAACUCCUCCCGAGCGACGGUAUAUGAAAAUGGCACCUUGGACAUUACAAUCACCACAUCCAAGGAUUAUGGUACCUUUACAUGCAUAGCUGCUAAUGCUGCUGGGGAGUCUACAGCCUCCAUUGAGCUAUCAAUCAUUCAACUCCCCCAUCUGAGUAACGGUACAAACCGUACCACACAGUCCAAGUCUGGGCUUUCGGACAUAACUAGCUCUACCAAGAUCAGUAAAGGGGAACCUAAAACUCUGCCAGAGAAAGUGGUGUCUGUAUCAGAAGUGACUCCCGUCUCUGCUCUGGUCAAGUGGACUGUUAGCAAAUCAACUCCAAAGGUCAAAAUGUUUCAGCUUCAGUACAAUUGUUCCGAGGAUGAAGUCCUCAUUUACAGGAUGAUUCCCGUGACCAACAAAGCCUUCAUAGUCACAAAUCUUGUCCCAGGGAUGCAGUAUGACCUGUGUGUCUUGGCCAUCUGGGAUGAUACUGCCACCACCCUCACUGCCACCAACAUUGUCGGCUGUGUCCAGUUCAUCACCAGGGAGGACUACCCACAGUGCCAGUCUCUUCACAGUGGAUUCCUGGGGGGCACCAUGAUCCUGGUCAUUGGUGGCAUCAUCGUUGCCACACUGAUGGUAUUCAUCAUCAUUCUCAUGGUGCGCUAUAAGGUGACCAGUGGUAUCCAGACUAAUAAAUUACCAACUGUGAGCAACACAUAUUCGCAGACCAAUGGGGGGUUGAACAGGUUCAACGGUGCCCCACCUCAGGUCAAGUCUACAGUGGUGGUCAUGCGUGAGGAAAUGGUAGAGUUCAAAUGUGGAUCCCUCCAGAGCAGCCUCUCCUCAUCCUCCUCCUCUAAUUCAUUGGACAGCCAGACAGGAAGAGGGGCUGGCAUCCGCUACAGCAUACAGGGCAGUGAAUGCAGCACCCUGCCCAGCAGCAAAUUCAGGAGGCACGGUCACGGUGCCAAAGCAAGGCCAAACCUGGACCACCUUUUAGGGGCCUUCACAUCACUAGAGCUGCGAGGGGUAGCAAGGGACAACCAAGGGACUUCUGGCCCCUCCACCACUUCCAAUGCUAUGAUGACGGUGGCUAUGGCUCCUCCCCCAUCUGAUAAAGAACCCCUGCUAGGAAGGGCUGAGUCCACCACCAUGCUGGGACGUCUCCUAGGGCUGCCCCAGGAGGGUAAGCCCAAGAGGAGUCACUCAUUUGACAUGGGUCAUGUGGGGGCCACACAGUGUCGCAGCACCUAUCCUCGCAGGAUUAGUAACAUCUGGACUAAACGCAGUCUGUCUGUUAAUGGCAUGCUGCUGCAGUAUGAUGACAGUGAGGAUGAGAAGCCGACUUUUGAGAGCUCUGAGUGGGUGAUGGAGAGCACAGUUUGAGUA